AUGGACACCACGGAAUCAAACAACGAGGCGGACAGAAGGUCCGUCACUCCGCAACCACAAACUAGCCAAUCGCAGCAGUUACGGGAAGCCCAGUUAGCGACGGUGCAGCCCCACAAUUCAAUGAGUGGAAUACCCGGUCAUAUUCACAGUCAAAAACCUUCGAUCAUUGAGCCACAGUUUCAUCGAAGUAGAAACCAAAAACGACAGGAACCACUCCAUAAUUCAGAACCUCCUCGUACACCCUCCCCACAAACAGCCUCUUUCUCAGAUUCCAACAAGAAUGGCACAUUUUCAAACUUUCAAUUGCCAAAUGAUAUUUUGAAAAACUUGACUCCAGUAAUCAAAUCCCCACCAAAGGAUAGAACCAGGCACCUUGCGCAUGCUCAUGCUCGCAAACAAGCUUAUAUGCGUAAUGCCCAGCUCAAGGUCAGUACGAGAAACAGUAAAGUGGCUAAGCAGUUGAAGAAUUGGAAGCGACAUCAAGAGGAAUUUAUUCGGUAUCAAAGCGCCAAAUUGACGGAGCUGCUACAGCGAGCCAAGAUACGAAGAGAUGAGUAUUUACAAUUGGUCCGUGAGAAAGCUGUUAAAUUUGUAAACACAGAAGACGGGAAACAAACCAGUACUACACACGAGCAAAGGCUAGAACCUGCAUUGUCUAUUCCACACACGUCAGAUCCGCAAUUUUGGUUGCAAGAGCAUGAGGUGAGUGUGAGCACCAAUAUUGUUCAAAUUCAAAGGAUGAUUAAGAAAGCGAUCUUUGCUAAGCAUGUUGCGUUUCUCCAGAGUUCCUCGUUUCUCGACAAAUAUGAGUCGAUGCCAUUCAAUCAAAUAAUCACAUGCUUCAAUACCGACUCAAGUAUCAAGGUGAGUAUAUCAUACAUCUUAAAGUAUUUGGGACUUGUCACAAACGUAUUUGAGCUAAAGAUGUUUCUUUACUGUUUCAUCUUGAUUGCCGACUUCAACGAGUGUAUGCUGAAUGGGCCGCAUCCGGGUUUCAACUACAACUCGGAAAUAAGAACCAAGGAGGAGGAGAAAGUGACUACUGCAAAAAACUGUAUUUGGGUAAUGAUGUACAAACUUUCUGUUUGCUUGAUGGAGGAACUUAAGACUAUUGUUGAUACACCCCCAAAGAUCCUGCUCAAGUUUCGAAGGUAUUGGGAUGACUACAAGUUUAUUUUCAAAGUUUUCAAAUGGAAUCAUUUUGUUGGCAUCAAGCACCUACUAAGCAGUUCAAUUUCCAUUGUGGAGAAACAAAUAUCUCGCCUCUCGGGGGACAAGGAUUUACUUCGCCAACGAACAAAGUUGAAUAUGGAAUUGUCGUUGUUGAAUAAAUACAACUUGGCCACUUUGAAGGAGUUUAAUGAGUCGCCACAAGCUGUUGAAUUUUUAACACUUGUAUCCGAGACAGUACAGGAAUUGUAUGCUAACUUUGAUGCCAAAUCACCUAGUUUUAUUCAAAACCGUUCAAGUUUUAUAUGUUUUGACUUGACAAAGUUUUACAUGCCUGAUUUUAUUCCUAUUGAGAAAUGGAGACAAUAUUGGAUGCUCUACUAUUUCAAGGAGUUUGAAACGGAGCGGUUACAUCCAAGUGUUCUCAAAACUGGAUACUUGGGUCUGGUGCGUCCCAAAACUCGCAAUUUCGACUACAUUAGCUUGAUUGAUUCUUUGAUUGAUAUGAAGCUGUUUCCACUCAGUCAAACCUAUGAUGUGUUGUAUGAUUACUACUUGGAAUUCUCGAAUGUGUGUUCGUUACCGAGAGCAGUUGAGGAAGCAGAUGAGUUGCAAAAGGUCCAGAACUUGAUAAGACAUUACGAUAGGAGGAACGAUUUGGUACAGUUUACGCGAUCGAACUUGGAUAAUGAUGAGGUGUUGCAGUUAAAGUAUUCCGUGGUUAUAAUGUGGAUACAGAAGUGUCAGUUCAACAAACUCGACGACUUUAUCAACUUUGAAAACCUAUACACCGUUGUCAAUUUGAAAAAUUUCAAAAACUUGCGGUAUUCCAUCUAUACUCAAAAUCCGAGCUUGUUGUUUCCCAAGUUUUACAAACAGGUGAUGAAGUCUCGUGUUCUUGAUAUCGGCACACAAAUUCGUGAUAUUGUUUAUGCAUCGUUUAAGAAUAAUCUAAACAAUUUGUUUCAUGGGAAGGCUCGUGCAAAUCGAGGAGCAUUUUUGCUUUUUAGCCAAGUUUUCAACAGAAUGAUUAUUGAUAAAGACUUUGACAAUGAGCUUAUGCAAAUUUUCAAGACAAACUUUAGUCAGUUCCAUAAACAACUAGAUGCGCUUGUGCGCGCAAACUCCAUAUCAAUCAUGUUUUACUCAUUGACAGGUACUCAAUUGCCCAACAAGUAUGUGAAGCAGGCAGCUCAUGAUUUGCAUACAGUUUCGAACAAGCAAUUUGUCCAAUUCUAUAAUAACCACGGCGAAAAAAUAUGCAAAAUAUUGUAUGAUAAAUGGGGAGUUACAAUGAAACAGCUUUCCCGGGGCGAGAUCAGUGUCUCUAAUUUGGAACUUCAUUUGCAAGCAGUGUUUACUGAGGAUGUUCAAGGUUUGGCUAUUUUAUCGUUGGAGAUUCACAAAUACAAUCAGUAUUUGUAUAAGGUGUACUGCCCUAUUUUGAAUUGGAUUUAUUCUGAAUUGGGCUCAGAUGGAGAUAUUUAG